GGUAUAAUUUCCAAAUUCAACAAGUCAUCCUUUUCCUCCAAACGUCCACUGCAUCCGGCAGCGACGACAAGCAUUGCGACGACGAUGGCGGUGGUCGACGCAUCCUUCCAGCACUCACCGCAGAAUAUCCUCAUUUUCCUUCUCAGAGUCCUCUCGCCAGGUCUCGUUCUUCUUUGUUCUUUAUCUUUGUUCUUACUUCGCCCUUACGCCCCUUCUUCGUUGUCUUCAUUGCCCAUCACAUCGGUGGUCGUCAGGUCGGAGCUACCCCGCCGGAGCACGAUCCUGCUCUUUCUUACUCUUACUUCUCUGACAUAUCUCGCUGACGGUCUUGCCUUCACGAUCUUUGCUGUCGUGACCAAGCAUUGGACACGCGAUACCGGUAUUGAAUUUAAUGCAGUACUUGGUCUUGUCGCAUUCUCGGGAUUAGCAGCGCUGGGAGCUUGGAAAGAUGUUCAAGGUGUCGAUGUUUGGUUCCGCAAACGAGUCAAAGCUUCUGUUGCUGCUGCUUUAAUAUUGGAUAUUUUAUUGGCGAUAUUCCUUGCCUUAAAUCUCUCAAAGAAAGAUUCGUCUUCCUCUCUUCCUCUUCGCGUCAUUCUCCAGAUUAUUUUCCCUAUCCUACGUAUAAUAUUUCUUCUCCCCUUGCUAGGGUCCCUAUUAUCUCCACGUAUCAUUUUCACCCCGGUGGAGGCGGGGAAUGGCCUUGAUGAAACUGCGGCCACGGAAUCAUCCUUCCUCCUUCCUCCGGGAGCCAACGCCAAUCCAUCCACUGGUCUUCUUGCUGUGCCAGGUCUCGCUGCCGGCGAAUCUGGCGAAUCUGCCAAGUAUGGGACAUUUCGUCCCAGUCGUUCCAUCUUCCAGAGGUCUAAUCCCACUACACGCGCACCAACUCCAUCGCCAUCGCAUAAGGGCGCAGACAAGAAACCAGAGGUCUCGUAUGAUCCCUCCUGGUCUGAGAUAGGAAGGCGUCUUAAGCGUCUUACGCCAUACCUAUGGCCGUCAAAGUCUCGUACAUUGCAAGUAUUAGCUCUUGUUUGUGUUGCCAUACUGGUAGUUGGUCGAGUCGUCAAUGUUGCUAUGCCUUUUGCCCUCGGAGAGCUUGUCAGUAUUCUGGAAGACAGAUCGUCAGAUCGUUCUCCGUGGCCCGUUUUAUUCCUCUAUGUCGCUUUGAGGUUCCUGCAGGGGAGUGGCGGUUUAGCAGCCAUUCGUGAUUCUUUUUGGGCACCUGUGAUGCAGUACUCUGACCGUGAAAUGUCGCAGCUUUCUUUUGAUCAUCUGUUAAAUCUAUCGUUUGCUUGGCAUACGCGACGGAAGACUGGCGAAAUCCUUCGUGUACUUGAUCGUGGCGCUGCUAUCAACCAUACGCUGGAGCUCAUUUUAUUUAAUAUAGUACCCACCUUCGUCGAUAUCGUCAUUGCCUUGGUGGUAUUUGUUGUCAAGUUCGAUUGGACUUUGGCAGUCACUAUUUUCAUGGUUAUCUUUGCAUAUGUGUCUGCUAGUGUCGUUUUGACGCAAUGGCGAACGAAGAUAAGGAGAAAGAUGAAUGAGCGAGACAUCAUAACACGCGGUAUACAUACCGACUGCCUUUUGAACUAUGAGACUGUCAAAUAUUUCUGUGGCGAAGAACAUGAAGCAGCUCGCUAUAGAAAUGCCCUUCGAGAGUACCAAACGUUGGAGUAUACGGUCAUGAUUUCCUUAAAUAUUCUUAAUCUCGUUCAAAACUUUAUCAUCACCGUUGGGCUCCUUGUUGGGUCGCUCAUCGUUGCAUGGAGCGUGGCUAACGGCCAAGCAAGUGCAAGUGACUUCGUCAUUUUCGUUACUUAUUUAGGCCAGCUUUAUGCCCCUUUGAACCAACUCGGAUAUAUUUAUCGCUCUGUGAACCAGUCCUUGGUUGAUACGGAGAAGCUUUUGAAGCUUCUCAACGAACCAACAGAAAUCAAUGACAAGCUCAACGCACCUGACCUUAUUGUACAGGAUGGCGAGAUAGAGUUUGAUAACGUUAGCUUUUCGUACAAUGAUCGCACGACGGCUCUCAGGGGUGUUUCAUUCAAAGUGCCCAAAGGCUCCUCUGUUGCCUUGGUUGGAGAAUCAGGUUCUGGAAAGUCCACUAUUCUCCGUCUACUGUACAGAUUCUACGAUUUGCAAGAAGGCCAAGGGAGAAUUCUCAUCGAUGGCAAAGAUAUCAGGGAUGUUACUCAGAAGAGCUUGAGGCAGGCCAUCGGGGUUGUUCCGCAGGAUUCCGUUCUAUUCAAUACAACUAUUGGAUACAAUAUUGGAUACGGCAAAUUCGGAGCCACCCCUGAAGAGAUUGAAGUCGCUGCGAAAUCAGCGCAGAUGCAUGAUCGAAUUAUGAGCUUCCCCGAAGGAUAUGAUACCAUUGUCGGCGAGCGCGGUGUAAGGCUGAGUGGCGGAGAAAAGCAGCGGGUUGCUAUCGCCAGGACUUUACUGAAAAACCCGCCAAUAUUGCUUCUGGAUGAGGCUACAAGCGCUUUGGAUACCUCCACUGAGAAAGAUAUUCAGAAGGCUCUAUCCAAUCUGAUCACUGGCCGUUCUUCGUUAUCGAUUGCUCAUCGCCUAUCAACAAUAUCUUCUGCGGAUGUCAUCCUGGUACUCAAAGAUGGACAGAUAAUUGAACAAGGUAGUCACAAAGAGCUGCUUGCCCGAGAUGGAAUAUUUGCAUCCAUGUGGGCAGAUCAGGUGUCGUCUACCGAGGAUCCUGCGUUUUCUCUCGGAGAAAUGAAGCAAGAUGUUGCACCCUAUUCCUAUUCUGCGGAACCUUCUGAACAUGACGACGAUGAUGGCCCAUUGGAACCGGCUGAGGCUAUUACAAUUGCUCCCAUCGUAAAUGAGCCAAUUAUUUCUGUUCUAAAGCCUCAUGCCAAAAACCCGGAGCAAGGGGAAGACAGUAAGGCCCCCAUCCCUCCGCCUCAGGAACCUCUUGAGUCUGCUGCCGUAUCUUUCCCCUCAUCUGAGGUCGCAGACACGCCUGCUACCACUGAUUUACCGUCCCCCGUGACAUUCCCCACCUCCGAGCCUAGGUCGGUUGCGUUACCGGCGGCAGAAGAGAGUGUGGCAGACUCACAACUUGAGUCUCCAAAGUCCGCCACCCCAGCGCCGGGAGUUACGUUUGAAACCAGUGGUGCUCCGUCGCGCAGCGGGACACCAGACCCGGAGACUGAGCCAAAGAGGAAAAGGAUUUCUUCUCAGAACUUCCAGAGACUUGCGAGGCGGAUCUCCAUCACAACGAGAAGACAAGGAUCUGUAUCGUCCAUGAUUCCUGGACUGAAGAAGGAUAACUCGCCGCGUGUAUCUGUCGAUGAAGGAGCCGGGAGCAGUCGAGGAGAGGGGAGCUCCCGAAACGAAAGCCCAACGCCAAGUGUCUCUGGCGAUGGAGACAAGAACAAGAAGAAGAAGGAGCGGAAGGAGCGGAAGAGGAGGAGUCUGAUGUGAACACGAUCUUUUCUUUUCUUUUCAUUUGCGCAUUGUUCGAUUUGAACCCCAAAUUCUGACUCGACGAUUUUCACGAAGGGUUAAUAACGUCCCAUACCAUAAUAAUGAUUCUUCGCACAUAUGUUCUGUUUAGUACUACAUCAUGGUUACAGUUGGGUUAUACUUAGUAACGGACCUUAGGAGGGUCAUGAGACAGGGAGGGUUAUACAAGAGCACGGACCAAUCGCAAGGUCUGCGACCGAGAUAGGAAAGACUAUAUGGGCGGAGUUGGAAUACGGUCUUAUAAGGACACGGUAUCAC